AUGAUCGCACGAGGUGAUGCACAGAUGGGCCUCUCAUGGGGAGAGAGGGAGGGGGGCGAUAUCCAGACGCCAUACCGUUUGCGUCAGGCAGACGAGCACCCCUGUUCGACGCCGCAAGUGAAGCGUGCGAACAAGAACGAAAGGCUACGAAGCCCUACUCCGCAAUUCGAGGCCGUGCCUCUGCUUUUGGGACUGAGGCUCUUCGUUGUCGCCCGCCCGGCGCUGGAAGAUUGGACGGGCCGCCCGUUGGUGCGCCCUAUGGGCUUACAUAACAAUCCUAGUCGUUUGUCUUCCCCGGCGUCAGGUCCCAUCAGGCGACUGCAACUCCACCGGUCCACCACCACCACCACUCCUCCUCCUCCUCCUCCUACCAUCACUAUCACCGAUUCACUCCAUCACCACUACACAACAGCACUCUCCACUGCGCCGGGCGGGCUGGCUGUCACAACACCCGGCUCCCUCACAUCGUACUGCUCUCAUCGUCGGGGCCGGAGACAUGCAGACCAGAGACAUGGCGUCGUGUCCGCUCGGCUGCCUGCAGCUCGUCGCUGCGUCUGCGCGAUACCUAUUUCUACCACCGCGGCUGAACAGUAG